AUGCAGAGCAUGAGAAAGCCCAAGCUAUUCUGGGUGUCAGCUGGAGCGCCUCUUGCAUCGGUCAUCAUCUCCACUCUAUUGGUUUUUGCAUUCAAAGCUCAACACCAUGGCAUCAGCGUAAUUGGAAAAUUACAAGAAGGAUUAAACCCUCCUUCAUGGAACAUGUUGCAUUUUCAUGGAAGUCAUUUGGGACUGGUAAUGAAAACUGGGCUUGUCACUGGCAUCAUCUCCCUCACUGAAGGCAUAGCUGUGGGAAGGACUUUUGCAGCUCUAAAGAAUUACCAAGUAGAUGGGAAUAAGGAGAUGAUUGCAAUUGGGCUUAUGAACAUAGUUGGUUCUUCCACUUCUUGCUAUGUUACAACAGGUGCUUUCUCUCGAUCAGCAGUGAAUCACAAUGCAGGGGCAAAAACUGCAGUCUCUAACGUAAUAAUGGCAGUGACAGUGAUGGUGACACUCCUCUUCCUCAUGCCACUAUUCCAAUACACACCAAACGUUGUGCUGGGUGCAAUCAUAGUCACAGCAGUUGUUGGCCUCAUUGACCUCCCUGCUGCUUAUCACAUCUGGAAGGUCGAUAAAUUCGAUUUUCUUGUGAUGUUGUGUGCAUUCUUGGGCGUUAUUUUCAUCUCCGUCCAGUAUGGUCUAGCCAUUGCAGUAGGGAUAUCUAUAUUCAAAGUUCUCCUACAAAUCACAAGGCCAAAAACAAUGAUGUUGGGAAACAUACCUGGAACGGAUAUAUAUCGCAAUCUUCACCAUUACAAAGAAGUUGUGAGAGUCCCAGGCUUCCUCAUUUUGAGCAUUGAAGCGCCAAUAAACUUUACCAACACCACCUAUCUCAAGGAGAGGAUUUCAAGAUGGAUAGAAGAUUAUGUAACAGAAGAAGAAGAAACCAAGAAACACUCUGGACUCCAUUUUGUGAUUCUUGAUUUAUCUGCUGUGAAUGCCAUAGAUACAAGUGGAGUCUCAUUUCUCAAGGAUUUAAGAAUGGUUGUGGAAAAGAAAGGGCUAGAGCUUGUAUUGGUAAAUCCACUUGGAGAGGUGAUGGAGAAACUACAGCGAGCAGAUGAAUCCCUGGAAUUUAUGAGGUCAGAUGCCCUUUUCUUGACUGUUGGAGAGGCCGUAACUACACUGACUUCCACAAUCAAGGGUCAAUCAUCAAACAAUGUAUGAUGAAAAGUUGUUCAUCAUCAACUUCUCCUUUUCUGUAGCAACUUUAUUACAUGAUAAAAUCAUCCAUGAUCAAUAUAAAAACGACGAAUGUAUAACAGUAUAG